UGUUACUGUAUCUUUAUGUUUACUGUAUGAACCACUGGAGACACUUCAUUUUGUUGUACACUGUGCAAUGACAAUAAAGGCAUUGAAUUGAAUCGUCCUCUUUUAUUUUGAAGUCCGCACAUCUCAUGUUCCGGCCUUACGUUGUUUAGCGUAACGCCUGUGGAUAGUGGUUGUCUUAUGUCACGCAGAGUGUCCGUGUUUAUUACCUGGAACAUGUGGCCGUGUGUGGAGUGAAACAUCGCGCUCGUCUCCAGGUGUCUCCGCCGUGUCUCUGAGAGUGUCACAGCCGCAGACAUGACUCUGUCUCUGGGAUGGCUCUCGGCUCUGGUCGCGGGUGUUUUCUCCGCUCAUGUUUUACAGAGGCUCUGCUUCCCAUACUUCUGGAGAGACCUCCUCUUUCUGCUGAGGGUGAUCAGGUACGGCGUGAAGCUGGAGCUGUUCAAGAUCACAUCCAGCGUGUGCACGGUCCUGGAGCGGUUCAUCCAGCAGGCGCAGCGCAUCCCCGACAAGCCGUUCGUCCUCUACGAUGGACGGGUCCACACCUACCGGGACAUCGAGCAGCGGAGCAACAGGCUCGCCAAUGUUUUCCUCGAGAAAGUCAACCUGAGGAAAGGAGACUGUGUUGCCUUGCUCAUGGGCAACGAGCCCGACUUCCUGUGCGUUUGGUUCGGGUUGGCGAAGGUCGGCUGCUCGGUGGCUUUCCUCAACACUAACAUCAAGGCCAAGUCUCUACUGCACUGCUUCAACUGCUGUGGAGCCAAGACUCUGAUUGUUGGUUCAGAUUUGGUGGACUGUCUGGACGGGAUCCUGACCAGCCUGCUGGACGACAACAUCCAGGUGUGGGCCAUGAAGAGCCAGAGCGAGCACACACAGGUGCACACUCUGCUGGAUAAGCUCGACGCCGCCUCUGAUCGACCUGUACCGGCAGCGCUGCGGGCCACCGCCUCCCUCAAAUCCCCCACCCUGUACAUCUUCACAUCUGGAACAACUGGGCUCCCGAAAGCUGCAGUGAUCACUCACCUACAGAGUCUGAAGGCAGCGGCGGGUUUCUGGGCGUUUGGGGGAACUGAAGACGAUGUGGUCUACAUCCCUCUGCCGCUCUACCACAGCGCAGCUUCUCUGAUCGGUAUAGGAGGAACUAUAGAGCUGGGUGCAACCUGCGUGUUGAAGAAGAAGUUCUCAGCCUCGCAGUUCUGGAACGACUGUAGAAAACAUGACGUGACUGUUUUCCAGUAUAUAGGUGAACUGUGCAGAUACCUCUGCAACCAGCCCAAGACAGAGGUGGAUAAAGUUCACAAGGUGCGGAUGGGGGUGGGGAACGGGCUGCGGCAGGACGUGUGGCGGGAGUUCCAGAGUCGCUUUGGGAACAUUAAGAUGUGCGAGGUGUACGGCUCCACGGAGGGAAACCUCUGUUUCAUGAACCACAUCGGCAAGAUCGGAACUGUGGGCCGCUCCAACUUCUUCUACAGGCUCCUGUUCAAGUACGAUCUGGUGAAGUAUGACAUGGAGAAAGACGAGGCAGUGAAAGAUCAACACGGUUUCUGUCAGCGAGUGGAGAGAGGUGAGACGGGGCUUCUUCUGUCCAAGGUGAGCGCCCUCAGCCCGUUCUUCGGCUACGCUGGGAGCAAACAGCUGACGGAGAAGAAGCUGAUGAGGAACGUGUUUGUGAAGGGAGACGCCUACUUUAACACGGGCGACCUAAUGGCUGAGGACCACGAGGGCUUCAUCUGUUUCAGAGACAGAGUGGGAGACACCUUCAGGUGGAAAGGAGAAAAUGUAGCGACCACAGAGGUGACAGAGACUCUGGGGCUGGUGGAUUUUAUCCAAGAGGUCAAUGUGUAUGGAGUGGAAAUACAAGGGCACGAGGGCAGAGCAGGAAUGGCUGCCAUGAUAAUGAGACCAGGCCUCACGUUUGACGGGAAGAAGCUGUUUGAACACGUGAAGAGGGAUCUACCAGCGUACGCUCACCCACUGUUCAUCAGGCUUCAGGAGACCAUGGAAACAACAAGCACCUUCAAGCAGCAGAAGUUCCAGCUGGUGCGGAGCGGCUUCAACCCCUCAACUAUCUCUGACCCCCUCUAUGUGUUGGACUACCAGCAGAGGAACUACAUCCCUCUGACGGACAGUAUCUACCAGAGCAUCCUCGCUGGAGAACGCAAGUUAUAGACCUCACACGUCUGGGUAUGAUGAGAAACAGUGCACAAAGAGGGAUGUGAAUGAGCUCUGCCGACUGCAGUGUUUUAUAUUUAAUGGAGCCACGAGCCUACAAUCAGGUUGAAUGAAAAUACAUCAUCACCUUAGUUGACUGUAUACACAUGAACAGUAAUGUCCCUAUGAGUUGUUAUUGUUAAAUAAUAUAUAAAGUAUAAUAUAUAGACAUAAUAAGUGACAAAUUAAAGGAAAAACCUGAAAAAUGAGGAGAAUCAGGAUGAAAAUGUUUCUAUCCACAGGUCACAUCCCCCUGGUUCCCUCCACUAACAGCCAGUGGGAUUUUAACAUUGUCUCUUGGAUUAUUAGAGAAAAUAAACAACAGUUAAUGAUCCUGACAGGUUUAGUUCAGCAGGAUCAUCUUCACUAAUGAACUCCACUUCAUGAUGUUUGAAGCCUCAAUACAAUCAGCAGAAACAAAGAGCUAAUGUUAGACUAUAAACCAACUACACCAGUCACAUGACUUCAACACCACAGUCACAUGACUUCAACACCACGAUCACAUGACUUCAACACCACGGUCACAUGACUUCACCACCACAGUCACAUGACUUCAACACCAGGGUCACAUGACUUCACCACCACGGUCACAUGACUUCACCACCACGGUCACAUGACUUCAACACCACGGUCACAUGACUUCAGCCUCACCACCACUAAACUUCAGCUUGUAGUUUGAUUCAGCUCUGACCUCUUCUUCCAAAGCCUUUCCUCUGACGGAGUUAGAGACAGUUUGUAUAAACACAACGAGGCUGUAAAGGUGGACUGGAGAGUAGAUCAGUUUUCAUGUUCAACGUGAUGAUGUUUAACGUCCCCGACAACCUCUGUAGUCUCAUUUAGACACUUGUUAGCAACCGAGACGUAAAGGCUAAAAGAAAUCAGGACUGGGGUGUUAACCACAGACCUGAGUUCAGUCGUCUCACCAAAAACACAUUCAAAAACUCCAGAGACUUCCAGACCAGGAACAGAGGAGCUAAAAUGCAACUAAUUUCCUGGUUUUCUGCUCAUUCCUGCAGAACUCUGUUGUUUCAUGAGGAUGAAAAUGAUGUGAAUCAUAUGCUGUGACCUUCACAGUCACCAGAUUUCAGUCCAGUCGAACUAUAGGAGAUUUUAGCGUAAUGUGUUAGACAGCGCUCUCCAGCACCAGGAAAACACCACAUGAGGGAAUGUCUUUAGGAAGAAUGGUUUUCAUCCUCCAGUAGAGUGCAGAGACACCUUACUGAGACAUUAUAUGUUAGUUUGCCCUUUAAUUUGUCACCUGUAAAUAUAAUAUAUAUAAUAUUCACAGGGUUAAAAACCCUUAAACCUGACCAAAUAACAUGAAAGCCAUCUUCUUGUGAAUGACAAGAAGUGAAUGACAAUAAUAAAUGAAGGAGGUUGUCAGAGGUGAAAAACUCCUGAAAAUGGCCAAAUAUCAUGAAAGCGUCCCUGAAUGUUCACUAACUGAAACAUUAAGAUAAGCUAUAAAGUAAGACAUGACUUUCAUGUUGUUUCAUCAAUUUUGAGGAUUUGUCUUAUAACUUUAAAGGCCCUUAAACUGUGCAGAUAAUCAUUAAAAUACCUCAGUCUAUUGCACUACACCAAUCUGUCCGUUAAUUGUUCCCUUAAAAAUCCCAUUAAAGUGCCUUCAUUGCAUCAGUUAAUUGCUAAUGGAUAAAUUCACUUUCAGCUCAAAAACAGAAUAAAUGUUUUUGCUCAAACUGAUUCAAAUUUCCACAAAUUUAUCCUCAGAUUUUCACUUUUCACUGAUUUCACAUCAGGUUUUAAUACACGAUUCAGCAAAUUCAUAAAAAUCGUUAAAUCAUAUUAUCCAUUUAUGAAAUAAAAUAAUCAUAUAUAGUCUUAACUGUGAGGCAGUUUGAGUGUGAUAGCCCAGAAGUGCCCAGAUAUUUGGCCAUAUGACACAUUCUUCCUGUGUAUGUGUUUUUAAUGCUGUGAAAUGAUUUAUUUACUUUUUCUUUUACUUUACUUUCUUUUUAUUCUUUUUUUUUUUCCUCCUGAGUUUUAAUGUGUGCUGCUAAAUUUCUUCACGGACACUAACAGGUCAGAUCUCUGUUUCCUGUUCAACCCUAAAGGUCUUUAUUUGCUUCCUCACAGUCGAUGCAGGAUCAGGGGAGAGCUGGGAUUUGAACCAUCAGCCACAAUAAGCUCUGCUCGUGUAUUUACAUGAUUUAUUUCAGAUAUCAAGAGUUUAUGUCAGUGUAUUACCACACUUCUAUGACUUUACCUCAGAUUAGAGCUUUCACUUGAAAUAUUUUAGCAGGUAAACACAUUUAACAGUGACUGAGACAUGUAGAUGUAACUAUUGUUUUUGUCUGGGCUACAGUUGUUGUAAAUAUUAAUAUUCAGAAGGUUAAAUUCUGUUUUAUUUGUGAUCCGAAUAUGAAGAAGAUGAACUGCCUACAAGUUAAAGGGUGAUUUAUUGAAAUGGAACUUUUAUUUUGAAGUUUUUAGGCAUAAGGAUAUACACUUGUGUUGUGAAGCCCACAGUGUCACAGCCAUAUGUGUCCGGUACAGUGAAACGUUUGGGGCAUUUUUAGCUUAUUAACAAAUGUUAAUUAACAUCUUCACCUUUUAGCCCGGUUUAGCAAAGGCUGCUAACUGAACUCUAUCCACAAACAUUUCAUGCAUUCUGGUGCAAAUCUGGGAACUAUGGAGAUUUUGAGCAGUUUCCUUAAUCAAUAGACAGACUUGUUAACAAUCAAUAGUUGGUGUAUUGUUAACAACCUAUGAAACACUGUGGACUUUUACUGUUAUAAACCCUUUUUCUAACCACUGAUGUGACCUAUGUUCACUGCAGAAUCAGUACAGACCAGAAAAAGAAACACCAAGUUACAUUGUCUCUAAUCAGAGGGUCUGUAGCCUAAAUAACCUGUAACGUGGUGGAAUAAACAUGAAGCAGGUUCCCUCAGUCCCACCCACAGCAGAUGCCCCAGUGAGCACAGAAAGCCACACAGCCCCUGAGGAGGUGCGUUCGUUUUGUAAUAUGUCAGAAAACACCUUUUAACUCCAUCUCAUCUUAACAGUAAAAGGAAACAAUGUCUUUUGCCUUGUUAGUUAAUAUACUUUUAAUCCAUUGAAUUAUUAAUGCCAGUUAAUAGAUAAAUGAUUAAUCACUGACAACCCUACUGGCAACCGAACAAUGCGUCCUUUGAACAUCUGUAUAGGACACAGAGGGAUUCAUCCUCUAGAUGAGACAGGAACAUCUGUGAUCUUAAAGGUCGGCCUGUUUGAUCUAACAUCAGUGGUGAGCCUUCUCUCUACCUGGAGAACUAAAGCUAGUUAGUUUGAUUUCAAUCAAAGACAAUCAGCCUGUUACAUGUAAUAGAAAAAACUGACUGUGUGUAAUAGUGUAACUAACAAUGAGACAAAUUUUGUUGUAUGAUAUUGUUUCAAACACAUAAUAAAACAUAAAUACCAACAGAUUCAGACCAGUCACCAUGACUGCUUGAACAGUGAGAUGAGCAGCAGAUCCCUGAGCUGUGCAGGUGAUGAUGAUGAUGAUGAUGAUGAUGAUGAUGAUUAAUUAUUAUCUCCUCUCUGUAAAUAGUGGUGGAUGUUUGUCAGAAUCUCAUCUCUGUCAGUUCUUCACACUGUAAAUUAUUAGAUCAUAAAACUGAUCAGAUAUUUGCUGAAAGAUGAUCACAAACCGCAGACAUGACACAUUCACACCUGAUGACAGGAAGUUACAAACAAAUAAAUAAGAACAAAUACUGAAGUCAGUAAUGAUGCUAACAGUCACACACAUCUUGUUAUUGUCGUGUUGUUGCGACACUGAAGCUGAAACCAGCUGUCGCUGCAGCCAUUUUUUAAAAUCAAUUUUCUUGUCAGGAUAAUGGAGUCGUUUUCUUAUUAAAACAUCACGACAACAUAUUUAUAUCAUGUCAGCAUGUGCAGAUGCUGACGUCUUUGCUUGUUUAGUGUCUGAUUUGAGCUGAUAAUGUCAAAUAACAAAACCAUGUUCGCUAAAAUGAAUUAUUACUGUAAAAAGUGCGUCAUUGUGCACAGAAAACGUAGAGAUUUCAAAACUGCAUUCGCUAAAAGAGACAUCACAACAUAUGGGAUUAGAAAACAUAAGAAAAAAUGAAUAUAGUAUAUAAUGAACAUGUUAUUACAAUAAAAUAACUUUGUCAUCAGACAAUGAUAAGGUUCAUAGGUCAUGAUCUCAGGGAUUAAAUACAUUAAAUUACUGAAUGUGGCAGCUCGUGGCAUCCAUACAAACCCGAUCUCCAUCUGACUUUUUCAUCACCAGCCACAGAAUUAUCAUAUUGUUAAAACAACACCAGCAGAACAAAGUGCCACAUAACUUGUGAUUCCUCCAGCCAGCCAGUUUGUGAAUCAGAGCCACCAUCCAGCUCCAGCUUCUGACAGCCUGCACAGGUCCUAUCAUCCCCGACUGAACCAGGACCAGUUCCCGCCAUCCUUCACCUUUGACCAAACUGAGCCAGAAACAAAAACUUGAAUAUUUCUGACUUUCACUUUUACUUAAAGGAGCUAUUUGUAAGUUUGGCCACUGCUACAUGGCAAACAUUAGCAUUACCAGCUGUUAACUUACCACCAAGAGCUUCAGCCAUCGCUGCAUUUACAAGACAAGAGGUUAUAAUCCAUCUUUUGAGCAGCUACUUUUUCAGGCCAGAAUGGAGGCUACAGCGACUCGGUAUCAGAAAGUGACAAGACAGUCCUGCGGGACGGGGGCUAGCUGGUUAGCAUGCUAACUUCAGUAGAAGAAAAGAGAACUUAGCAUGAUGCAGAUUCCAUAUAAUGUAUAAUAAUAAUAAGACCAGUAAUAUUAUUUAAAAUACAAUUAUAGGACAGGUAAUAGCAUUAAUAAUAAGACUAAUAAUAGCAACAAAAAGACACAUAAUAAUAAAAUUAAUACUAAUUCAUUAAUUAAUUAGAGGGCGAGGAGGAGACAGGAACUCUGCAUCAUGGGAAGUCCCCCGGCGGUCUAUGCCUAUAGCAACAUAACUAACAAGCAGAGUGUUCUGUUGGGAUAAUAGGGAACCGUGAGCUCUUUAAGAUAUGAUGCUGUCUGACCAUUAAUGUCUUUGUAGGUGAGGAGGAUUUUACAGGGAGUUGAUGCUAACACAGGGGAGAUGGGAUAUCUUCUCUACUUCCUGUCAGUACUGAAGCUGCAGUACUUUGAAUCAGCUGGAGAGUCUUUAGAGGCUUAUUUAUUCAUCCUGAAAAUAAAAAAUUGUAAUAAACUAAGUAACAAAAGCAUGAACUAGUUUUUCUGCUUCUUUUAGAGACAGGAUGUGUCUGAUUUUUGCCGUGUUAUGUAGGUGAAAAAAAAACACAUUGUAAUUCUUUCUAUGUGGAGUUAAAAGACAUGUCCUGAACAUAGAUCUGAGGUGUUUGGGGCCAAGUACAAUAACUUCAGUUUUGUCUGAAUGUAAUAGCAGGAAAUUGCAGUUCAUCCAGUGUGUAUGUUUGAUUAUUACUGAAGGAGGCAGAGGAAUAACCAAACUGAGCAGAGAGAGCAGGAGAGAGGGAGGGAGGGAGAGAGAGAGAGAAGUCAUCUGUAACUGCUAAGCUAAAGUAGCUAGCAGAAGUAAACAACUGCGGGAUUAGCAAGAGAGAUGCUAAAAUAAAGAGAGAGCUAAUAGUGCUUGAGCACAACUACAGUAAGUUUAAAUGAAGAAAAUGGCAAAAUGAACUGUAGAGGCAGAACAACAAAACACCAGCAACUUGAAAUGACACUACGCUUACUGCAGCACAUGUGCUGCUACUGCUAACGUUAGCUAUAGAUAGAUACAUACUUUAUUUAUCCCCUAGGGGAAACUCAUGAUUCAUGCUGUGUAGCAAAAGCAAAACUUACAAAUUGCUCCUUUUAAUAGAUAUUUUUUUUUACUAUUUGAUUCCUUAUUUUUUGGAAUUGAUGUUUACGUUUGAAGUGAGACUCAGGUGUGUCGUCCUUGGCUUACUACAAUCUCAUCAUGUACCCAGGCUUUCAAUGUGUUACUCUGCCUGAUGUCAGAUCAGCAGUUUGAAGAAAUACUGAGAGAUAAACAUAAGUUAUUUUUUGCUAAUGAUCUGUUUUUUGUUUUUUUUUAUGUCCCCCUCUUUGCUGUGACUGUUCUUGUGUUUAGUCUCUUUCGUCCGAGCUAUAAUCCUCAGCUAAAUGUCGACUGCUUCUCCUCUAAUUGGUUUUGCGUGUGUUACUUUCUCCAUGAUCGUUAAGAAUUUCAGAAUAAGCUAUUUUUUGGCAAAUAAUAUCACUGAUUAACAGGUUCAGAAGUGUAAAUGAUAUUUCUUCUGGUAACCAGUGUCACACUAAGUAGAAUGUGUGUUCAGAUUUUGUGCACUUGUUUUAUUUUUUUUGUUAUUAUUUUUCAUGCACUCUCCUUUAACAUGGUCUCUUGUUAUUUUUCUCCACUGUCCUUCAACCUCCAGCAGUGUUGGCAUUCACAGCCAUGGUGUACAGAAAUGCUAGAAGAAAUAAAUAUUGCUUCAUUCAGUA